CUUGUUCUGGUCGCCAAAUAAAAAUCAAAGUUCUCCUCCACGAAUCACAAGGACAUAGACUGUAAUUUCGCGAUGGGGUCAAGGGACCAAAAGGUAAAAUGGAGCUGGAGCUCAGCCUUAAUCGGAGCAGCAUCAGCAACAGCAGCAGCUUCUCUCCUAAGUGCCAAGCCAAAAGAUCCAACAUUCCACCUUAUCUCCAUAGACCUUACCUCACUGAAACUAAACCUCCCUGUCCUCGAUGCAGAGCUAAUGCUUACCGUACACGUCACUAACCCUAACAUCGCACCCAUCCAUUACUCAUCCACCACCAUGACAAUCCUCUACGACGGUACGGUUCUUGGCUCGGCUGAGGUCAAAGCUGGUUCUCAACCGGCGAGAUCUUGUCAGCUUCUUCGGCUACCGGCGCGUCUAGAUGGUAUGGAGCUUGCGCAACACGCGCGGCAGUUCUUUUCUGACGUGGCGAAGAGAGAGAUGAAACUUGAGGCUAAGCUUACUAUUGAAGGAGCGGCUAAGGUUAUGUGGUGGGAUCAUAGUUUUAGGGUUCACGUGGAUAGUUUUGUUACCGUUGAUCCUGUUUUUCUUGAUGUUAUUGGUCAAGAGAAUAAGUCUCAGAUGGAUUUGUUUCUUAUUUAAAAAGAUAAUUAUAAUCCCUGUU